AAAUAAAAAAAGAAUCGUGAUUUGUGAGUGGUUGAGUUGAGGUUGGGUUCUCUGCACUUUCCUCCUGUGUCGUUACGCAUGAGUGUCCUACUCAUUCCUCAUCCUACUUCUCCACUUUUCUUCCCUCUUUCUCUCUCCUCCCAAAACCUUCUACUUUACUCUUUUUUUUUCCUUACUCCUCUUUUUUUCCUUACUCCAUAGAAAUCGAAAUUGCAAUUGAAUUUUUGGGAUAAUUAUUGAUGAUAUCCAUGCAUAUACACUAACUUUCCCUCUCUUUCUGCUCUUUUUACACCACUACUACCAUCUAUGGCUUCUUCACUUCAACAAGUUGAGGAGCAAGACUUGGAAGUGGGUCAUAUCACACCCCUGCCAAACCGAACUCCAAUGGAGCCAUCUCCUUCUCCAUCCCCAACCUCCACAUCGGCGCCUGCUUUGGUUCUCUCCAAUUCUGGUAAACGUAUUGACCAAGCAGGAAAGAAGAAGUAUGUUAAACAGGUAACUGGUCGCCACAAUGACACCGAGUUGCACUUGGCUGCUCAACGUGGUGAUUUAGAAGCUGUAAAGCAGAUUUUGGGUGGGCACAUAAAUUCACAGAUAGGUGAAGGUUUAAGUGGUGCUGAGUUUGAAGUGGAGGCUGCUGAGGUACGGGCUUUGGUUGUGAAUGAGGUGAAUGAGUUGGGAGAGACAGCGCUUUUUAGUGCAGCUGAGAAGGGACACCUUGAUGUGGUAAAAGAGCUGCUGAAGUAUGCCAAUAAGGAUACACUUACUCAGAAGAAUCGGUCACAGUUUGAUCCUUUGCAUGUUGCUGUUAAUCAAGGACACCUUGCAAUCGUCCAAGUGUUGUUAGACCAUGAUCCUGGGCUAAUAAAGACAAUUGGACAAUCAAAUGCAACUCCACUGAUAUCUGCAGCUACAAGGGGGCAUACAGAUAUAGUUAAUGAGCUUCUGUCGAGGGAUAGUAGCUUAAUGGAUUUAUGUAAAUCCAAUGGGAAAAACGCGCUGCAUUUUGCUGUCCGCCAGGGCCAUGUGGAAAUUGUAAGAGCAUUGCUUAAUAAGGAUUCAACAUUGGCUAGGAAGACUGACAAGAAAGGCCAGACUGCAUUGCAUAUGGCUGUAAAAGGGAAUAAUUGUGAUGUUGUGAGAGCCCUUCUUGAUGCAGAUGCAGCCAUUGUUAUGCGAACAGACAAGUUUGGUAAUACAGCUUUGCAUGUGGCUACCAGGAAAAAGCGGGCAGAGAUUGUGAAUGAGUUGUUACAGCUUCAAGACAUCAAUGUUAAUUCUCUAAAUAGUCAACACAAAACUGCUCUUGACAUAGCAGAAGACCUUCCCCUCUCCGAAGAAUCCUCAGAGAUCAAGGAUUACCUUGUUCGGAAUGGUGCUCUCAGGGCUAAUGAACUGAAUCAACCAAGGGAUGAGUUAAGAAAAACUGUCAGCCAGAUUAAAAAAGAUGUGCAUCGGCAGCUCGAACAAACCCGACAAACAAACAAAAAUGUUAGUGGAAUCGCCAAGGAGCUCAGGAAACUCCACAGAGAAGGGAUAAACAACGCCACCAACUCAGUAACUGUAGUGGCGGUGCUUUUUGCAACGGUUGCUUUUGCAGCUAUAUUCACAGUUCCUGGUGGUGAUGAUAAUAAUGGAAUGGCUGUAGCUGCUAAAACAGCUUCUUUCAAGAUAUUCUUUAUCUUCAAUGCCAUUGCUCUUUUUACCUCUUUGGCUGUAGUGGUAGUUCAGAUCACACUUGUCAGAGGUGAGACCAAAGCAGAGAGACGAGUCGUGGAAGUCAUUAAUAAGCUGAUGUGGUUGGCAUCAGUUUGCACUUCUGUUGCAUUCAUGGCGUCCUCUUACAUAGUUGUUGGACGGAAACAUGAGUGGGCUGCAAUACUUGUUACAGUUGUUGGAGGUGUGAUAAUGGCUGGGGUUUUGGGCACAAUGACCUACUACGUGGUUAUAUCUAAGCGAUCUCGGUCUUUGAAGAAAAGAGAUAGAAGUGCAAAGAGAAGUGGGUCUAAUUCAUUGUAUCACUCUGAGUUUUCCAAUUCUGAACCUGAUCGAUUUUAUGCCCUCUAACUUUACUUCCACGCUAUUGAGGAAGAUCCCCAAUUGCAGCAGUUAUGAAGGCCAGAAACCUGUCAUACUAUCGGGCUAUUUAUGAGAGGAUUGUAACUUGUAUUCUAAUUAACAAUAACUGUGAAAUAUGGUGGUUGAUCAUGAUUCCUUUGCCCGGUCAAUGCAGUAUAUAUCGUGAAAGAGUUGGAAAGAGCGAGUGGUCUUCUAGGUGAGCUCUUGAGUCUCAAUCCAUCUUGAAACUGGUAAAUAUUCUGUUGAUUAUAUAGCAAGACCGGUGGUUUGUCAUUCUUCGAGGCGCUGGGUCUUUGAACUGAAUUUUCUCAGUCGUGUCAACUUAAGCUGUAGGCGAUGUUUGACCAUGAUCAAGCAUUGUUGUUAAUGUAACUGAAUGUGUUAAUAUUAGAUUUAGGUAUGCCCUCUAUUUAGGGGAUGAUGAUAACUUUCCUUGAACGAACACUUUUCACACUUGGUUCUUCA